ACGCGACCUUAAUGUUAAUGGCACCUUCACAAUUUCGCCCAAUUUCUUCAUGGUUGAUCAAAUGAACAGUUGAAUCAAACUCCCCAGACAGCCAAAUCCCAGAGACCAGAAAUGCCCCCCCUGAAAAUCACACGACCUUCUUCCCAUCUCUCCUCCUCAGCCACCACCGCCACCACCACAUGGUACACCCCACCACCACCCAACCACCAAACCCAAGACCCAAUCCUUCUAACCCUCUCUCACGCCAUCAAAGACUCCCAAACCAAACCCCUCAAAAAACUCAUCCCUUCCCUCACACCCACCCACAUCGUCAACCUCAUCAACCUCAACCCUCUCUCUCUCCCCCCACUCUCUCUCCUCUCCUUCUUCACCUUCCUCUCUUCCCACCCCCCUUUCCGCCACACCAUCCACUCCUACUCCACCAUGGCCCACUUCCUCUCCUCUCACCAGUUGCACUCGCAAUCCCAAACUCUAAUCCAUGUCCUCAUCUCUCGAAAAGGGAAAGACUCAGCCGCUUCGGUUUUCGCCUCUCUUAUCGAAACCAGAGGUACCCAUCAGUCUAAUUUUGUGUUUGGUGCUCUCAUGAAUGCUUACAUUGAUUGCGGGUUUAUCCCGGACGCGAUCCAGUGCAUCCGGUUGGUCCGAAAGUAUCGAAUUUCCAUCCCGUUUAAACCCUGUGGUCGGGUGCUUGACCUUUUAAUGAGGUCGAAUUCGCCCUCUGCGGCAUGGGGGUUUUAUUCGGAGAUUUUGGCUUGUGGGUUUCCUCCCAAUGUGUAUAAAUUUAACAUUUUGAUGCAUAGUUUUUGUAGGGAUGGUAGAGUUGGAGAAGCUAAAGUGGUGUUUGAUGAGAUUGGGAAAUGGGGUUUGAGGCCUAGUGUUGUUAGUUUCAAUACUUUGAUUAAUGGGUAUUGUAAAUUGUGUGAUUUGGGUGAAGGGUUCAGUUUGAAAAGGGUUAUGGAGGAGAGUAAUGUUUUGCCUGAUGUGUUUACUUUUAGUGUCUUGAUAAAUGGGUUGUGCCGGGAUGGUAGGUUAGAUGAUGCAAACCAAUUGUUUGAUGAAAUGUCUGAGAGAGGGUUGGUUCCAAAUGAUGUUACUUUUACUACUUUAAUUAAUGGGCAUUGCAAGAAUGGCAGGACUGAAAUGGCUAUGGAAAUUUAUCAGCAGAUGUUGAGUAAAGGUGUAAAACCUGAUUUGGUUAUGUACAACACUCUAAUCAAUGGUCUCUGCAAGAAGGGUGUGUUGUCGGAUGCGAAAAACCUAGUUGGAGAAAUGACUGAAAGGGGUUUGAAGCCCGAUAAGAUCACUUUCACUACACUUAUUGAUGGAUUUUGCAAGGAGGGAGAUUUGAAUUCGGCUUUAGAAAUUAGGAAGGAAAUGGUUAAGGAAGGGAUUGAACUUGAUAAUGUUGCUUUCACUGCCCUUAUUACUGGGCUGUGCAGAGUGGGAAGAGUUACUGAUGCAGAGAGGACAUUGAGGGAGAUGUUGAGAGUCGGUAUGAGACCUGAUGAUGCCGCAUUUACUAUGGUAAUUGAUGGUUUUUGUAAAAUGGGGGAUGUUAAAAUGGGUUUCAAGUUGCUAAAGGACAUGCAGAAUGAUGGACGUCGGAUUGGUGUUGUAACCUAUAAUGUGCUCAUGAAUGGGUUGUGCAAACAAGGGCAAAUGAAAAAUGCUCAAAUGCUAUUAGACGCGAUGCUUAAUGUUGGGGUGGUUCCGGAUGAUAUUACAUACAACAUCCUGUUAGAAGGGCAUGGCAAGCAUGGGAAUUCAGAGGAUUUUGAUAAGCUACUUCGUGGCGAGAAAGGGCUCGUUCUUGAUUAUGCUUCCUAUACUUCGUUACUUGGUAGCUCUGAUAGAACCUCAAAGGAUCGUUACAAGAGAUGAUUGCAGUGUUUCUUCUUAAUCGCUGAAAGCCUCAAAUAUGUUGGCCUUUUUGGAUAUUGAAUUUGAAAUUUAUGUGGACGUCAGUUGCUUCAACAAAUCAACCUCAACUGCAUAACGCAGGGACAACACUCAAAAUUUUGUUUCCGUUAGCUUGAGAAAGGAAGCUUUCCAGAAACAUUUGAAAAUUGAACUGGACGGAAAGUACCUAAGAAUUUGGGGUAGAUACUUUAACUGGCUAUAGAUGCAGACAGUUGACGAUAGUCGAGAUCUGUUCAAGGGGGCUGUAUUGUAACUGGGUUUGGGCGUAUCACCUCGCUCUCGCUCCUUCUGCUGUAACUUGGAUAGAAUAUGAAUCUUUUGGAACUGGGUAUUCAGAGUGACUAAAUCUAUGUUUGUUGCCUUCAAUGGAAGUUUGGCUCUUGUUUGAAGUCUUGAUCACUUUGUUUAUACUCAUAUACUGGCGGGGAGCUCACACCUCCAUACCUCUAAACGCCUCCAAACUUUAACUUAUUUGGCCCCACAACAGUUAUAUGAAUUAUUCAUUUGCAAGGCAUCUUUUAAAAAAAAUCAGUUUGAUCCGGAUAUCUACAUCAACAGAUAUAUGAAGUUAUGAACAGAAACUCUAUGAGCACAUGGUUUUCUGCUCAUGAUUUUCUAUUGGUUUUUGCUGGUGCUUGACAGCUUGAGGAUCUUUAUCCGUGAAUGCAGGCCAGGGGAGGGGGAAGCAGGGAUCAUCCUGAGCUUGUUCGUCUGAUUGAAAUCGUUCCUUUGAACCUAUCAUCGUUCAAUAAUUAGCCGAUUGAACUUUUGCUGCAAUAGGUUUUUUUUUUUUUUUUUUUCUCUCGGGUUGUGUGAUCAUCACUCAGAUUCCAUUUGUCAGGAAAAAUACUAAACUGAUUUGUACGAUUUUGAGAAUAAACUGUCAGAUUAUAUAUGUAUUGUGAAAAAACAUAUACUAGCCAAUUUUAUGAUACAAAAGAUGUUGAUGUUGUUUCAUCAGAA